AUGGCCUGCACACGCACUUUCGCUCGUCUGGCUACAAGGCAGACAGCCUUCCGCCCGGCUGUCUUCUCGCGCGGUUUUGCCUCCGUCACCGACACGACCGCCCGCGAGCCCAUCUCAAAGGUCGCUGAGAGCAUCGUCCCAGACCCGGCCCGCAAGCCCGUCCCCGAGACCAAGACAUCGACCAAGCAGGAGCCCGAGCCCAGCAAGGAUGCGAAGACCAAGACCUUCCACAUCUACCGAUGGAACCCUGACGAGCCGUCAUCGAAGCCCAAGAUGCAGUCGUACACGCUCGACCUGAACAAGACCGGUCCCAUGAUGCUGGAUGCACUCAUCCGCAUCAAGAACGAGGUCGACCCCACCCUUACCUUCAGGAGAAGUUGUCGCGAGGGCAUCUGUGGAAGCUGCGCCAUGAACAUUGACGGCGUCAACACCCUGGCCUGCCUGUGCCGCAUCCCCACAGACACCGCCAAGGAGUCUCGCAUCUACCCGCUCCCCCACAUGUACGUCGUCAAGGACCUCGUGCCCGACAUGACGCUCUUCUACAAGCAAUACCGCUCCGUCAAGCCCUACCUCCAGCGCACCACCCCCUCGCCUGACGGUCGUGAGUACCGCCAGACCAAGGAGGACCGCAAGAAGCUCGACGGUCUUUACGAAUGCAUUCUGUGCGCCUGCUGCUCGACAUCGUGCCCGUCCUACUGGUGGAACCAGGAGGAGUAUCUCGGACCCGCCGUUCUCCUCCAAUCCUACCGCUGGAUUGCCGACUCGCGUGACGAGAAGAAGGCCGAGCGCCAGGACGCUCUCAACAACAGCAUGAGCUUGUACCGAUGCCACACCAUUCUUAACUGCUCGAGGACAUGCCCCAAGGGCCUGAACCCCGCGCUGGCAAUUGCUGAAAUUAAGAAGAGCAUGGCUUUCACCUAA